GUGUUUACCUCCCAUGGACCUACUGUGAUCAUGCCAACCUGGUUCUGCUCUCGAGAAUGGUUUUUUCACGUGGGAAAAUUUGAUGAGGGUGGAAAGGGUGUUCCAGAAGAUUUGUUGUUUUUUUAUGAACAUAUCCAAAAGGGCGGUGAAGUCUUUCGAGUAAACCAUUGCCUCCUGCUGUACCGUUACCAUCCACAGGCUGCAACACAUUCCGUCCUAGAGGGAACCAUCUGGAAUCACCGAGUCAGGUUUCUUGAAGACAGAGUCCUGAGCUCUUGGACAUCAUUCACCAUUUGGAAUGCUGGCAAGCAAGGCAAGAAGCUCUACAGAAGCUUGUCACCAGCUAAUCGGAAAAAGGUGACCUAG